CAAAAUUUUUUGGUAUAUGUGUGUUUGGUUUCAAUUUUUAAACGCAAGUUCUUCAUCUCUCUUCACGUCUAAUCAUCAAUUUUUGUUUUUUACCUUUCUGUUAAACGUGAAAAAUCACGUUUUGAACACGGCAAGUCCACUUGCCCUAACUCAAAACUGAAAGGGAUUUGGGUGUUGCAUCGAUAGACGGAAAAUGUUGAUUCGACGUUUGCCUUGGACGGCGAUUUCCAUGGCAGCACCACUUCCCUCCUUUUCCGGCGCCACCACCGGAUUUUGCAUUCCCAUUCGCAAGCAACUUUCCUCUUCUCUCUUCUCCUUCUGCUCUACCUCCGGCGUCAAUCUCCCUCUGCAACAUGGUCACGAAGCCGAUACUCGUCAUUCGCAGUCUCUGAAACCCGGUCUUUACCUCGUCGGAACACCGAUCGGAAAUCUCGAGGACAUCACUCUGAGGGCUCUUCGCGUGCUGAACUCCGCUGACGUCAUACUCUCAGAAGACACGAGGCACUCUGGGAAGUUGCUUCAUCACUACAACAUCAAAACACCUCUUGUAAGUUCUCUUCAGAUGAGUUAUCACAAAUUCAACGAAUCUCAAAGGGAACAGGUUGUGCUUAGGAGGUUGAAGCAGGGUGAGAUUGUGGCUCUUAUAAGUGAUGCUGGAAUGCCAGGCAUCAGUGAUCCUGGUACGGAGUUGGCCAAAUUGUGUGUUAGUGAGAAUAUCCUGGUUGUUCCAAUCCCUGGUCCCUGUGCUUUGGUGUCGGCUCUUUCUGCCUCGGGUUUACCUACUGAUGAAUUUACAUUUGUUGGUUUUCUUCCUAAACAUUUGGGGUCGAGAAGGAAAAGACUUAUGGUUUCGGCUGAUCAAACUACAACACAGAUAUUUUAUGUUCCUCCUCACAAGCUUGUUCAGUUCCUCGAGGAGAGUUCUUCAAUUUUUGGUGAUGCAAGGCAAUGUGUUAUUGCUCGGGAAAUGACUAAAUUUCAUGAAGAGUUUUGGCGUGGUACUCUCAGUGAAGCCAAGGAAGUAUUUUCUGUUCGUCAAGUGAAGGGAGAACUUACCAUAUUGGUUGAAGGGAAAGCAAAUUCUAAAGUUGAACCUCCAUCAGACAUUGAGCUGGAGAGCGAACUAAGAGAACUGAUUGCAAGUGGCGAGAGUCUCUCCACGGCUGUCAAAUUGGUUACCGGCAGAACAUCAGUGAGUAGAAAAACUAUAUAUUCACUUGCCUUAAGAAAGUUUGGGAAGCAACUUGAAGUGGAAGAUGAUUCAAAUUAGUGCAGAUUAUUUCUGCAGGUAAGUUUGAUAUUUCUUUGCUAGUGUUUCAUUGAUUGCCAUUUCUUAGUCGAGUUAUUGUUCUCUUGAAGCAUAAAAUCAUCUGUAAUGAGAAAGACAUGGUUUAGUUGUCUCUGUUGCUCAAUCUUUCAACCGCUAUGGUGAUGGGCUUCCUCCUAAUCCUAGAGAGGAACGAAACAGAAUUACCCCUGCUGUUGGAGCACUAUUUACCAAUCAUACUAAGAAAUGGUUGUGCUGUUUUAUCGUGUGUCCACAUUGUAUUCUUUGCUCCCCAGGCUUCGGGUCUUCUGGACACAACAAAAUUAAUUAUAAAUUUCUAUUGUGGCCAAGAUAGCUGGGCAGCUCGGGGUCGUGCUGGCGAGGAAAAUGACAACGCUGAAUUUCUUAUAUGCUUUUUUAGUAUAUGGGAAUGGCCAUUUUAUCUGAAUUCUUUUUCAUUUUAUUGUACAUAUUCCAUCCUUACUAUUUAAUCUACCCCAAUCAUCUCUAGCUUGAAAAGUGAAAAUCUCAUUCUUCUCAAUUUUCCUCUUUUUGAAAAGUAUAUUUCACACACCAUAUUCUCGCAACUAGUCUCGGAAGGUGUAAUUUAUAUAUUAUCAACUAGUUGGGUAGUAUUUUAUGCUUGUUGAGUAGGAAAAAAUUCAUAAUCAUCAGAUUGGAUACUUGUUGAG